AUGUCUAAACCUAAAGUGUUGAUACCUUUCAAGACACACGUAGACCUUGCAAAACACCUCGCCGAUUGGAAUUGCCUCAACGCUGAUAUCGACUUUAUUGAAUACAAAAUCACCUCAAAGGACGACUUUAAAGCUUACUUGAAGACCUCCGACAUUGUUUGUUUGUGGAUUACUGAUGAAUUGUGUACCUUCUGGGACGAACCAACCUGUUUUUUUGAUGAUUUCCCUGCAAGCUUGAAACUGAUCGCUGUGCCCUGGGUUGGAACGGACUUUUUGGACGUUUCGAAGCUGAGAAGCGAGAAAAACAUCACCGUUUGCAACAUUGGACCACACGCCGCUGGCAGCGUUGCCGAGAUUGCCCUGCAACUCACACUGAGCUGCUUCAGAAUGACUUCGUUUUUCGAACACUGUUUUCGUUUUGUUCACACUGGCCAGUGCUUGAAGUGCUUUGAUUACGUGGGUGGCACGAAGCACGCGCCUCAUCAGACUCCAGCUCUUCGCGGCGGGGCUUCAUACCUGUUUCCCGAGCCAUUGAGUAUGGAGCAGUCUCAGGACUCCCAACAGAACUCAGCGUUCACAAUCGCGGGGAAAAGUAUCAACUCUACUGCUGGAAAGACUGCUUUGAUCUUGGGAUUCGGAUACAUCGGCCAAACCAUUGGUAAGAAACUACACCACGGGCUCGACAUGUCCAUUAGGUACUACAAAAGAUCUGGUCCCGUUUCCAGCGAAAUUUUGGGCUAUCCAGCAGAGUAUUGUGACUCUCUCAAGGACCCAAAAACUUGGGCGGCUGCAGACCUCGUGGUGUUGGCACUUCCAGGUGACGCUUCUACCAGUAACAUUGUAAACCACGAGACCUUGAGCUUUUGCAAAGAUGGGGUGAGAAUUGUCAAUGUGGGUCGCGGAUCGUGCAUCGAUGAAGAAGCCCUACUAGCAGCUUUGGAGUCUGGAAAAGUGUGCAGCGCCGGAUUAGACGUUUACAAAAACGAGGGUACCAAGGUUGAUCCCAGAUUUUUUGACCGGUGGGACGUAACGCUACUGCCACAUAUCGGAAGUGCAAUUUCUGAGAUGAUAAGCAUGCAAACUUCAGUGACACUAAAUAACAUCGAGGAUGUGCUUCUUAAAAAUGGGAGCGGUCUGUACCCGGUGAACUAG